GAAAAUCUCAGCGACAAAUGGCUGCGAUCGCCGCUAUGAAGGCUAUGAACGCAAGAGCGUAAUUGCCUCGCGAGGUGUUAGAAUUCGAAGGUUCGAUAUACCUGUAAAUUCACAAUCACAAGUCCAUCCUGUCAAUGGACAAAAUCUAUUCUGUUAAUAUUGUGUAAAUAUGCUAUUUGAAUAGUGGAUGGUGAACUAAUCGUCAUGAGAUUGAUUGAGACGAGUUAGUGAUUUUGUGGUUAGGUUGGUCUGUGUGGCAUCCAUUAACGUUGAGAAUUUGGCAUCGGUUAUUGUCACAUUUUUUGGAUUAAACGAAACCGAACGGAAGUACGUGGAAUAUCCUGAUUAUUCGAUAUUCAGAAUAAAUUGAUUAGCAAUGUCAUACCCUGGACAACCACCUAUGGGCAUACCCGGAAUGCCGCCGAUGCCGUACAUGGUUGGUGCUCCUCCACCGAUCAUCGGUGGAGUCAUGCCAAUGCCGCCACAUAUGAUACCCACACCAGUCUCUGCAAUGCAGACCUCAGCACCAGCUGUGAGAUAUUCUCGAAAUCAACCGAGGCAUGACCCAACCAGGCGAAGAGAGCGUGAAACAGGUCCUCCUGUCACUGUUUUUGUCGGUAACAUCAUGGAUCGUGCCCCUGAUGUUAUGAUCAGACAUAUCCUAGGUGCUUGCGGCCACGUUCUGUCCUGGAAACGUGUGCAAGCCUUUGGGUUUUGUGAAUAUGCUGGGCCAGAUGCCGGAUUGCGAGCAAUUCGACUACUCCAUGACAUGGAAAUUGGGAAUAAGAAGCUGGUGGUGAAAGUGGAUGCCAAGGCUAAGGUUGUUUUGGAUCAGUUCAAAGCUGAACGACGGAAGAAGCUGAAGGGCGGACAAUCCCCUCUGCAGGAUGAGACACAGAAUGAAGCUGGCGAUGGUGAGGAUUCUGAUGACUACAUGGACGAGGGGAUGCGCGUAGUGGAUAGCGAUGCACUGACAAGAAUCUCUCAGAUUCUUUCGGAGCAUUCCACCGAGUUGGAACUUGCUCAGAAUGCUCCAGAUGCUAGGAAAGCCAGUGCCGAGGAGCACCAGGCAAAGCUAGCAGCAAAGUCAUUAAAUCUCGACGAUGCGGAAAUUGAGGAAAGUAAACGAGAUUUAAUAACACGGGAAAUUGGAAAGUUCAGGGAAGUCAUGAAGAAACAAGAGGAAGAAAAGGCCCAGGUUAAACGGAAGAAAGAAGCUGUGGAGAAGGAGGAGAAGGAGAAACGGGAAAAGAAGAGGAGAGAUCGACGCGAUGACGAUGUCGGGGUCAAGGAUGAGCAGGAGGUGGAUUUGGGGAGUCCUCUUUCACACAAGGGCCAUCCGGAUAGGAGGGACAAGCGUCGAUCCAAAUCGAGAUCAAAAGAACGUGAGCGGGAGCGUGAGCGCCUGAGAGAUCGAAUGAGAAGGGACAGACGAGAAGAUGAUAUCGUCAAUAAGGACGAUCAGGACGUGGAUAUGGACAGUCCCAUGUCGCACAAGGGUCAUCCCGAUAGACGUGACAAGCGGCGUUCGAAAUCACGAUCAAAAGAGCGUGAUCGCAUGAGGGACAGGAAUCGCGAGCGCGACCGUGAGCGCGAGGAAGUGCGAAAGAGCGAGCGGGAGAUAAUGCGUGAACGUGAGGAGGAGGAAGAGGCAAAAGAGCGAAAAAAGAACGAGAGGCGAGCCCGAGAGAAGGAGGCAGCUUAUCAAGAGCGUUUGCGUGCCUGGGAGACCCGUGAGCGUCGUAAACAGAAGGAAUACGAGAAGGAAUUCGAGAAGAAACGAGGCAAACGAGAGGCACGCGAGAAGGAGGCAAAACGAUUGAAAGAAUUCCUGGAGGAUUACGACGAUGAUAGGGAUGAUACCAAGUACUACAAGGGCAAGGAAUUAGCCAGACGCCUUGAGGAGCGUACACUAGAGGCUGAGGCGGACUCCCGGGACAGAUGUGCUGAGCGCCAAGAGUUACAACGGCUACGGGACAAACUCUACGCUGAUGCAUCACAUCCAGAUCCAGCGGCAGAAUUUGAAAGAUUGAAGGCAGAGCGAGAGGAACAGUACAAACCGAAGCCAGUAAUAACAAUAAUUGAUGAGGAGGAUGAGAAAAAUGAUGAUAGAAAGGCUAUUGACAAGGAUAAAGAGGAGAGAGAGCGAAUGCCGCCAAUUGAAACAGAGCCCAUUGAUAGUGAUAGUGAUGAUGGGGUUGAAUUUGAAGAUCCACCGCAGGAGCCAUCAAGAACACCACCGAGACAUCACUAUCGUCAUCGUAGGCAUCAUCGCCAGCCAAGCUAUCAUCGCGAUUUUAAUCAAGUUGAUGGAAUUAUGGAGAGUGAGAAGGAGCCACAUAAUUCCAAUCAUAAGCGUAAUUCAGUUACAUCGUUGUCCAAUGCUGGGGGUAGUGUUGGUUCGGUAACAUCACCAGCUCCAGUAACACCAUCACAGAUGGGCGGUGUACCUAGUCAGGACGAUGACUCGCGUAUGUCGUUGGUUAGUGAGCCUGAGAAAAUGAACAGUGGCAGUAAUUUUGUACCCUUUGCCAUGGGGGCUAAUCGCAGUUCGGAUCAUGGUAUUGGUAAUAAGACACCUGCUAGUCCUGGGGGAAAUAAUCAACAGGUCAAUCAGUCGGGCCAAACGAGGAAGAAGACACGAAUGGAUGUUAAGGAUGUCUUCAAUAAUGAUGAUGAGGAUGAUGGUACUAAUAACUCCAAAAAACGUAAAUUGGUGCCUCUUGAUUAUGGGGAUGAGAAGAAGAAGAAGGGAAUUGAGGAGGUGAAUGUUAACAAGGGGGGUAAGGAGGAGAGUAUCAAGAGUCAGGAGGAGAAACGUAAACAUAUUAAAUCCCUUAUUGAUAAAAUACCGACGGAUAAAAAUGCACUUUUUGCUUAUCAACUUGAUUGGGCUGUCAUUGAUAAUGCACUGAUGGAAAAGAGGAUACGGCCCUGGAUUAAUAAGAAAAUCAUUGAAUACAUUGGGGAGCCUGAACCAACACUUGUGGAUUUUAUCUGCAGUAAAGUUAUGGCUGGAAGCUCACCUCAGGGAAUUCUAGAUGAUGUACAAAUGGUUCUCGAUGAAGAGGCGGAAGUAUUUGUUGUGAAAAUGUGGAGGUUAUUGAUAUACGAAGUGGAAGCCAAGAAGAUGGGACUAGUUAAAUAAAAAUCACCUACAAUUUUCAUUGUCAAUGUGAAAAAUUUAAAGAUCCAUUACGAUUGACUCGCAGUUUAUACUAUCGAUAUAAUUUCUUGUACGAUGUAAACGAUUAGAUAUUAAUUUGAACAAUGAAGGAAAUCACCGAGAAAAUACAUUUUAUGUGUACACAAAUGAGCCUAUCCGAUGAUGGAAAGAAUGAUACAAAAAUACACGAGGAUGAAUUUUUUUUGAAGUGUGAGGUGAAGUGUGAAUCUGUAUAAAAGACGAACAUAGUGGGGAAUUUCAAAAAAUAAUUACUGCUUA